GGUCUUUUUUUCUCGCCUUCUUCAAUUAUAGCACCAGGGAAGACGAGGAGAACGCCGGGGAGGCACGAGCGAGGGCGGCCCACCUCCAUAGCCAGGCUGCUGCUGCUGCUGCUGCUGCUGCGGCGGCGGCUUCAGGGGAAGAGACAGAUAGAGAGAGAUAGAAUUGAACCCAUGAUUCUUUUUCGCAGGGUCCUUCGGUUUUGAUCUCCCCUUCCCCCGAAUCGGGUCCUCGUUGGAUUUGGUUCUUCUUCUUCUUCUUCGAGGAAUCUCUCUCCCCCGGUUGGAUUGCUCGUAGCUUACCGGCGUUUCUUCCUGCAUUGUAUUUGCACAUGGGAGCAGAGGUUGGCUUGCAUGCUUUUUGAAGCCCAAAGUAAUUCAGUCAAGGGAUGUUCCACCGAAACAAGUAGAGACUCGGGUUCAAAGGGUGAAAAGACCAAGCAAAUCAGAAGAUUUUUGGAGUUCAACCACCUUUGAUAUGGACCACAGCGCAGUCCACUCACAAGGAAGCAUGUCGUCAAUCAGUACAUCACAGACCCUCAGUGCACAUGUGGGUACCAGUUCUGGUGGAACUCCUGAAUUUGUCAAUCAUGGUCUUCUUCUCUGGAAUCAAACUCGGCAGCAGUGGAUAGGUAAUAAAAAGGAUGAGAACCGACCGAAACAGGUCUUGGAACCUAGACUGAGUUGGAAUGCAACGUACGAAAGUUUACUCGGAAGCAAUAAGCGGUUUGCUCAACGUGUCCCUCUCGCAGAAAUGGUUGAUUUUCUUGUGGACAUCUGGGAACAGGAAGGGAUGUAUGACUAACCGAGUCUUCCUUUUUUUGUUGGGAUCAUUGGGCGCACUGUUUAAUCUUCCUUAUGUAUGUUGCACCAAGUCAACUCUGGUUCAUUGAAUUGAAUUGCUUUUGAAUCGAAAGGCGAUUGUUUUAGGGUAAA